AGUCCAGUGUUACCCUUUAAAUCACCACCUCAUUUACUGCUGGUCAAACCUCUGGGUGAAGCACAGCUGUAUCAGAUGCAGAGAUGGUGAAGACGGCGACUGCUGUACUGUCGGCACUGCUGCUGUGUGUGGGGGGCGCACUGGCGCAGGACUUCAUGUCGCCGAACGUGAACAUUAUGGAAGAACUGGGGAAACUGAAGAACAUGGAAGAACGACUGAGAACCAUGGAAGGAAUGAUGCAGAACCAGAGGGUCUUGGUGGAGCAACUGCAGAAGGAGAAUGGAGCCCUGAAGACGACGGUGGAAACGAUGCAGGCUACACUGGAAUCACUGCAGAGCUUUAAAGCAGCUCUCUGUGGAGAUUAUCCCGCUGUUGAAAAUGCCAAUGUUACGGAGGUUCUAGGUGGGCUGAUAUUAAAAGUGAGCUGUGCUGCACUUUACAAACUCGUCGGACCAGAAGAAGUAAUGUGUGUUAAAGGGAAAUGGUCAGAUCUUCCUGCUUGUAAAGCUCCAUGUAGACUGGAUCAGUCAAAGUUUCGUUCUCCGCAAAGAGAGUACAUGCAGCACGGAGAAAUAAGCACCUUCAUGUGUUCUUCCUCUUUUCUCAGAGUGCACAUCAAAUGUGAGGACGGAAGAGCGUACUACAAAGGAUGUGGUAAUCACGACUGGUGAGAUGUGUGUGAACGUCUUCCUGCUGCAGCUUUUACUGAAACUCACGAAACUGCAGAGCGACUGGAACGACCUGUAACUGCUUUACCUUUAAGCGUUACUGUAACGUUCUCAGAACGUCUGAUUAAAAACAGAUCCUGAAUAAACAACUGUGGACAACUGUG